UUCAGAACAGAACAGAUACAGCCAACCUUCCGAAAUAACCUUCGCCACUAUGAGGACCUCAAUUGCACUAUUAAUCCUUGGCGCGUUGAUCCUUGCGUCGAUGGCGGAAAAUGCUGCCCAUCCGAGGGAAAAACGAGCAGCUAGCGAACAGGCCAGUGCAGUCGUGGAGAAAGUCAUGGAGAAAGGCAUGGUGUUUGCUGGUAACGUUAUUGAAAAGUUGAAAAACAGUGAAGUGGCCCGCCAGCUGCUUGGCAAAGUGUUGGGAGCGGUGGGUGAGCAACGCGGCAAGCGUUCGAUACAAAUCGAUGCUGCGCUCACAAACUACAAUACGGCCCACUACCAAAAGCUGGAGGUACAUAAAAGCCUUACUAAUGAUGCAGGGGGAAAUAAAAUCCCAGCCUGUCCGAUCGGUCAGAACGAGCUGAACUUGAUUGAAACCGUUUCGAUUGCUGUGCAGCAUGCGCUCGGAGCGGUCAACAAGGUCAUAAAUGGGCAAAAGGUAGCAUUCCCAGUACCGAAGCCAGUGGCGACUGUUGCGGCGUAAAAGAAAUAUUACUCCAAUUCCAAACAAGCAAAUUGUUACUGAAUCAAUAAAACACGUUGUAAGCAGCCAUA